AUGGAAAAAGCUGCACUGCUGUGUUUUUGUUGCCUGGUCAUGACUGUAUCAGGCUCAUCGCUUUACCCAUCUAUCAGGUUUGGCCAGACUGACACUUCCAUCCUGAUGACUUCAUCGAUAAAAAGUCCAGUGGAGCAGCUGGAGGAAGACACAAGCUCUCCCAGGGAGGGAGCAGAGUUACGGUCAGGACGCCACGCUGAUGCCAUCUUUACAAACAGUUACAGAAAAGUCCUAGGCCAAAUCUCAGCCAGGAAGUUCCUCCAGACAAUCAUGGGUAAACGGCUGGGAGAUGAAAGUGAGAGUUAUGUGAAGCGUCAGUCAGAUAUCUAUGAAGGGACCUAUAAAGAAGACCUUACAUCCAUUCAGAGCAAGCACAGAUACACAGGAGUCCAUGGGCAUGUCAUGAGGCCCAGACUGCUGAGCUGA